AUGGAUCCAUUGGAGCAAAGUCAUAUUGCAUUGAGAGGAGAUGUUGACUCAAUAAAAAACCAGGUAGACCAACUUGUGGAGGCAAUGAUAGCUUUAGCAAAGAGGGAGGACAACAUUCAGCAGACUGCAGUGGUUGAGAAUGCGGUGUUAGCUCCGGUAAACGAUCCUACCCAACCUCAGCUUGCGCGAACCCCAGUUGAUAACUCUGUUGUACAGGAACGUCAUAUCAUUCGAGAUUCCUCUUACCAUGAUGAUGUUGAAUAUCACAGCUUUGCAUUCUCCGUGCCAAAUUCACAUGGAACAAGUCUAUUGGUUAAUACUGAACAACCACAAGAUGAUGAGAUUGCUAAAAGAUGCCGCGUGCUAGAGAAAAAGCUCAAGGCCAUAGAAGGACAAGAUACUGUUGAACAGAGUGCCUUGGACAUGUGUUUGGUACCUGGCCUAGUUAUACCCCCAAAAUUUAAAGUACCAGAAUUUGAGAAGUACAAAGGGGAUAGUUGUCCAAAGCACCAUUUGGUAAUGUUUUGUCGAAAAAUGACCUCUCAUGCCCACAUUGAUAAGUUAAUGAUUCACUGUUUUCAAGACAGUUUGACUGGGGCAUCAUUGAAUUGGUAUAUGAAGUUAGAAAGGAAUCAUGUUCAGUCAUGGAUAGACCUAGCUAAUGCCUUUUUGAAGCAGUACAAAUACAAUUUGGACAUGGCUCCUGAUCGCAUGCAGCUGAGGGCCUUAUCUCAAGAAAACAACGAAUCCUUCAAAGGGUAUGCCCAAAGAUGGAGAGAGUUAGCAGCUCGCGUUGAACCACCUCUCUUGGACAAAGAGGUGAUGGAAUUAUUCAGGGAUACCUUGCAAAGUCCUUACUUCGAAAGGAUGAUUAGCAGUGCAGCAUCAGACUUCGCUCACUUGGUGUCAAUUGGAGAACGCAUCGAGCAUGGCCUUAAAAGUGGAAAAAUUCAAUGCGCCUCAAAUAGCCAGAGCAUUGAGAGUGAAUCUAUUGCCAAUUCCCCAAAGGAAGAAGAGGUUGAAGUUAAUGCAGUAUGGGAAGCUCCACAAGCUUCACACCAGACAUCAUUCUCUCUACAUGGUCAGUAUCCUACAACUCAAGGACCUCCUCAAUAUCAACAACAGACUCCACCUCAACAGCCAUACAAAUGGCAGAAUACUCCGCAUCAGCAGCGCCAGCAUGCUCCACAAAGGCCAAGAAAGCCAGAGAGACAUAUUGAUCCACUCCCAAUGCCAUACAGUCAAUUACUUCCAUAUUUGAUCAAGAGAGGACUGAUAGUGCCAAAGGAGAUAAAACCAGUAAGUCCUCCAUAUCCGCCAAGUUUUAACGCCAACUCCCGAUGUGACUUCCAUGCUGGGGCACAAGGGCAUUCAACUGAAGACUGUAAGGUGCUCAAAAGCAAGGUACAAAAUCUGCUCGAUUCCAAGAUGUUCUCACUUGCGCCUCGAAGCUUGCAAAUCAAUAAUACUUUUUCACCUGGCUAUGGGGGUCCAUCAGUCCAAACUGUGGAAGAGAUUUUCGAGAAUAGGUCUGAAGAUGAUUGUCAUAUUAGUCUCGACGAGCAGAACUACCACCACUAUGAAGAAGGAUAG